AUAAUCCAGCGAAGCCAUUUCCGCGUUGUCCCACCCGUUUAUAAGAGAACUAGCUCCUGCUCCAAUGGCGAUUCGCAUCGUCAUCAUGAACUUCUUCCUCAAAUUCACUUUCUCUUUCUACACCUAUCUCUCUCUAGUAUCCGCCUUCUCUCCCCUCGAUCACUACUUAAUCAAUUGCGGAUCUGCUGACCCCGUCGCCACCGAUCUCUACCGUCGAAUCUUCAAAGGCGAUUCCGUGUCCGGUCACCUGGUCUCAAUUCGGGCGAGUCGGGUUUUUAACGCAGACCCAUCUUCUUAUUCUUCUUGUGGACUGUAUCGAACUGCCAGAGCCUUCAAUCGACCCUUACACUACGCGUUUCCUAUUAAAGACCCUGGAACCCACCAUUUGGUACGGCUUCAUUUUUAUCCGUUCAAUUCGAGUUAUUUUUCUGAAGCACAAUUUCAUGUUCUAGCUAAUGGGUUUUUGUUGUUACACAAUUUUCGUAUCGUGGAAAGCGAAAAUCUGCCUGUAAUUAAAGAAUUUAUAAUUCCGGUUGAUUCUGAGAAGCUCAAAGUUACUUUUGUUCCGUUGGAUAAUUCGAAAUUCGCUGUUGUGAAUGCGAUAGAAGUGAUUUCUGCUCCAAGAGAUUUGGUUGCUGACCUCGCACAAUAUGUAGAUUCUGAGAAAAAUGAGCAGAUUAGUGGUUUGUUGAAAAAUGGUCUUGAAACAGUGCAUAGAGUCAAUGUAGGAGGCUUUAAGGUGACGCCGUUUAAUGAUUCCUUUUGGAGGACUUGGGUUACAGAUGACAAGUACUUGAAAUCGGGUGAUGUGAUGGAAAAAAUUCGAUUUGGGGGUCGGAUCAAUUACCAAUUGGGUGGGGCAAGUCGAGAAGUAGGCCCUGAUAAUGUUUACAACACUGCCCGAGUGAUAAAGAGCUCAAAUGGUACAAUUCCUAACACGAAUAUUAAGUGGGUAUUUGAAGUAGAGAAGGGUUACAGGUAUAUGAUUCGGAUGCAUUUCUGUGAUAUAGUUAGUGUUGCAACCGGCAUGCUUUACUUCAAUGUGUAUGUGAAUGACAAUUUAGCAUAUGAGAAUUUGGACUUGUCAUACAUUACAAAUAGACUGUUGGCUUCGCCAUUUUAUGCUGAUUUUGUGGUUGAUGAGGACAAUUCCGGAGUUUUGACUGUAAGCGUGGGACCGUCCAAUAUGAGCCUCCCUCGUGCUGCAGAUGCCAUUUUAAAUGGGAUUGAAGUAUUGAAGAUGAACAAUUCGAUGGGUAGUUUUGAUGGAGAGGUUUGCACAGAGUUUGUAUUGAGGAGUUGGAGAAGGGGAAAUGCUGGUGUUUUAGUUCCUUUAGUAGCUGUUAUAUUCUUGUUGCUAAUUGCAUCCGUGUUCUUGCAAAGGAGAAGGAAUUGGUUUGGGGAUUCUGUGGCAUGGUCAAGGUUACCUGUGGAUGUUUCAGAAGUUAAUUUGAAGUGUGGCAAUCAGUUCUCAUCUGGUAAGGCUUGAUGCUUUGAAGAAUCAAUAUGUCGACCUCAUAAUACUUAUACAUGUGAAGUUUUUGUGAUAAUUUUUAUUUAACCUCCAAAAUCAGUUUAUUAAGUGUGCUGUUGUCUUGUGCUGUAAGUAAAUUUAUUUCACAUAUAAAAAUUGCAGUCUGGUAACUCUGAUAAUUUGGACACUCUCAGUAUCUGUUUUCUUGAUCCUUGUGUAGUUAAGAAAAGGCAUGUAAAUUGAAUGUGGUAUGCAGAGAUUAUGAUCAUGAUCAGACAAGACUACGUUUUUCUCUGAUGUAAUAAAAUGAUUCUCACUAUUUGAAGUUCAACAAAGCAUAGAGAUCUUAAUGUGCAAAUAAAACCAUGUAUUUUGGGUA